CUCACCCACUCAUAUACUCAACUCCCCGACUCUCCGGCACCCGUCCGCCCGCCCUUCGACACAUAAAGUUCCUUGGCUUCGACUUCCAUCGCCAAUCCCCCUUUUCCUUCAUACCAUACAUACACUGCUGCAGCCAGCCGCAUCAUCGUUCUCUUCUACACAUCCCACACCAAUCGACCAGACGUCAUGGAUUCUGCGCAGCAAAACAGUAACGCAGCAGCAGGAGGAGGCAGCAGCUGGGGUGCCUUCCUUAAGUCCAUCGCUUCCUUCAACGGCGAUCUCGCAAGCCUCACGGCACCCCCCUUCAUUCUUUCUGGUACCAGUUUGACCGAGUUCAGCUCGUACUGGUGUGAGCACCCCCCCGUCUUCGCUGCCCCUGCCAAAGAAUCAGAUCCGGCCAAGAGAGCGCUCCUGGUUCUCAAGUGGUUCUUGACCACGUUGAAGCAACAGUAUGCCAGCCGAAGCGAGCAGUAUGGCAACGAAAAGAAGCCUCUUAACCCCUUUUUGGGUGAGCUUUUCCUCGGCAAGUGGGAGGACGAGGCCGGCGUCACCGAGCUCAUCAGCGAGCAAGUAAGCCAUCAUCCGCCUGCAACAGCCUACAACAUUACCAACCUUCCGACCGGCGUCCGACUUGAGGGUUACAACGCCCAAAAGGCCUCAUUUUCCAAGACAAUCAACAUCAAGCAGAUUGGCCACGCUGUUUUGACGGUCCCGUCAUCGACGUCGGACCAGCCCGACACUUUCCUCAUUACCCUCCCAUCUCUCCAUAUCGAGGGCUUGAUCUUCGGCUCUCCUUUUAUCGAGCUGGACGGUGCUUCUUACAUCACUUCUUCUACUGGAUAUACCGCCAAGAUCGAUUACAGCGGCAAAGGUUGGCUGUCCGGCAAGAAGAACUCGUUUGUCGCUUCGCUGUACCCGACGGGUAAGGAGAAGGAGGUGCUUUACAAUGUUUCGGGCCAGUGGACAAAGUCUUUCGAAAUCCAUUCCGGUGCGGCCAAGCACAACAGUAAGAGCACCCUCGUCGACUCCUGGGAUCCUGAGAAACAGCAGCAUACUCCUCUCACCGUUGCCCCGAUCGAAAAACAACACCCUCUGGAAUCCAGACGAGCCUGGUCAAAGGUCGCCAACGCUAUUCUCAAAGGGGACCUUGAAGCUGUGGGACAAGAGAAGAGCAGAAUCGAAGUUGCGCAACGUGAGGCGCGCGCCAGGGAAAAGGUCGAGGGGCGUAUGUGGCAACGACGAUAUUUCAGCGUCUACACAGAUGCGCCUGAUCGCGUAUUGACCCAGCUUGGCCCUGCUAUUGGACUAGCUGAGCAUGGUGAUGCGGAUAAAACUGGUGGACUGUGGCGGUUUGACGCGACCAAGGCAGAGAAGGAACGUGGGCAACCGCAGCUUAGCGACGAGGAAGCCUCUAAGAUCGCCAAGGAGCUCUUAGGGCAGUGAGGUUGUGUGACAAAUGCGAUCCUGGUGAUAUUGGGAGCCGAGAACUUUCCGACCCUCUGGGGAAAGAAGUCAUUGGUUUGAGAAUAUAAUACAUAGGGCCAUUGGCAUUGACAUUUUGGUUACGUUUGCAGCAAUUGUCGGUAGCU